GUGGUAGAGUCCGUUGCAGUAGUAGAGAUGAGAGCCGUGGUCGAGUCAGUAGCCGUAGUAGACACAACAGCCGUGGUCGAGUCAGUAGCCGUAGUAGACACAACAGCUGUAGUCGAAUCAGUAGCCGUAGUAGACACAACAGCCGUGGUCGAGUCAGCUGCAGUGGUGGACACGACCGCCGUAGUUGAGUCAGUGGCAGUGGUAGACAAAAUCGCCGUAAUCGAAUCAGUUGCUGUUGUGGACACGACAGCUGUAGUCGAGUCAGUGGCAGUGGUGGACACAACCGCCGUAGUCGAGUCAGUGGCAGUGGUAGACACAAUAGCCGUGGUUGAGUCUGUA